CGAUACAAAUUGGGAAUUGGAAUUGCAAUCUCAACCCGUCACGCUUCAGCAAGGGUUAGCGACUUUCGGGACUAGGGUUGAGUAUUAGGGUUUCGUGAUUCUUCUGCGGAAGAACAAAGCUUUCUCUAGUCAGGACGUUCUCCGAUUUCGUUCCUCCUACAUAUCGAUCUAUUUGAUAGCGUCUCUGCUCAACCAUGGAGAUGGAGUGUUUGACGGAGUUUCCUCAUACACACAUGGAUCGGCGUCCCAGAAAGAGGCCGAGGCUUGCUUGGGAUGUCGUGCAGGCACCGAAGGCCCAGCCAGGAAUAUUUUGUGGCCAAGAGGUUGGAAAUCUGACAAGCUAUGCACCUUCGAGGGCACCCUCGGACCUUACUAGUUCUCUGUUUGUAAAGGGAGUUGCUCGAAAUGGUUCUCCCCCAUGGCGAGAUGAUGACAAAGAUGGACAUUACAUUUUUGCGCUUGGAGAAAAUUUAACUUCUCGCUAUCGGAUCCACGGCAAAAUGGGUGAAGGGACCUUUGGUCAGGUCUUAGAAUGCUGGGAUAGGGAGAGGAAGGAAAUGGUUGCCAUCAAAAUUGUCCGCGGUAUAAAGAAAUACCGGGAAGCAGCCAUGAUAGAAAUUGAAGUCCUUCAACAGCUCGGUAAACAUGAUAAAGGGGGCAGUCGUUGUGUGCAAAUACGGAACUGGUUUGACUAUCGUAACCAUAUCUGUAUUGUCUUUGAGAAGCUUGGACCAAGCUUAUACGAUUUUCUACGGAAAAACAAUUAUCGCUCAUUUCCCAUUGAUCUAGUCCGUGAGCUUGGCAGACAACUAUUGGAAUGUGUAGCAUUCAUGCAUGAUUUGCGGCUCAUACAUACUGACUUGAAGCCGGAGAACAUACUACUUGUUUCUUCAGAUUACGUUAAAGUGCCAGAUUACAAGGUUUCAUCUCGGUCACCCAAAGAUGGUUCUUAUUUUAAAAGGUUGCCGAAGUCGAGCGCCAUAAAGGUGAUUGAUUUUGGCAGCACAACAUAUGAACACCAAGAUCAUAGCUACAUUGUGUCAACGAGACAUUACCGUGCACCUGAGGUUAUUCUUGGCCUUGGUUGGAGUUACCCAUGUGAUAUUUGGAGUGUGGGUUGUAUAUUGGUAGAACUCUGCUCAGGUGAGGCCCUUUUUCAAACGCAUGAAAACUUGGAGCACCUUGCAAUGAUGGAGAGGGUAUUAGGUCCGAUUCCACAGCACAUGUUGAAAAGAGUAGAUCGGCAUGCGGAGAAGUAUGUUAGAAGAGGUAGAUUAGAUUGGCCUGAAGGUGCGACCUCAAGAGAGAGCAUUAAAGCCGUUUUGAAGCUUCCUCGACUCCAGAACCUAGUAAUGCAGCAUGUAGACCAUUCAGCAGGUGAAGUCAUAGAUCUGUUGCAAGGUCUCCUUCGGUAUGAUCCUGUGGAUCGAUUGACUGCUCAUGAGGCUCUCAAGCAUCCUUUCUUCACGAGGGACCAUCACAGGAGGUCUUGAAUUUUGU